GUAUGUGAAUAUAUCCGCGUGACUGAGUAAAAAAUAUUAUAAGCUCUUGCUACGUAUUCGGAUAUCUUGAAUUAAAAUACUUUAGAUGAGUUUAAAUUACGUGCAUAAUAAAUAACAUGCUUUAAUCAGCAACAACGUCAACGGUCAGCGGAUAUAAACAAUUCAAUAGAAGAAAUGGAACAGUUAUUAAUAACAAUUGAAAAAUUACCGCGGUCAUGUUUCAACCAAUAAAAGAUCUAUCUCUUACAAGCAUCAAACAGAAACUUAUGUUGUACAAUAGAAAAGACUGGAUCAUCGGAGAGAUAGGAAUAAAAUACUGUUACUGACGGCGAAAACUCCGAACAGACAAAACACAGAUUUAGAAAUAGGAGUUUAAAAAAGUGAAACUAUUGUAGAAACACGUGUGGUAAAACAAACUAAUGCAGUUGGAAGGAAAGAAACACAGUCUUAGCUCUUAGCAAUAAAGUGCAACGACGAGAGUUUACAUAUUGUGUAAUAAAGGAUUUAAUUUAAAACAGAAAUUUGUAUAACUUGUUGCAUUGAUUUUUACCGCUAUAUACAUAUCAUCGCUCAAGGUUGCCAUGGAGAUAAUCACGUGGUGCGUCACGUGCACUGUGCUAGCGGCGGGAACUGUUUACAUCGUCAGAAAGCGGCGCCAGCAGUUUGAACCGAGACAAUGCGGGAAGGACUACCCAGCGGACACCGUGAUUCUGCACCAGUUCCCUCGCGGACCACGUGCGCCGAGCAUGUCCGGCUUCUGUCUCAAACUAGAGACCUUCCUACGUAUGACCAACAUCCCCUACAAGAACGAGCUUGGCUACAAGACAGGCCCCAAGGAUAAGUCGCCCUGGAUCGAGUAUAACGGUGCGACCAUGGGGGACUCGCAGAUGAUCAUGGAAUACCUGAGCGAGAAAUGUCAGGUUGACCUUGACAAACACCUGUCCGACCACCAGAAGGCGCUGGGGCGGGCGAUACGGGUACUAGCGGAAGACCAUAUGUACUGGUUGGUUCUGCUAGAGAGGUGGGUGUAUCACCGGGCGGAGACUAAGGCGGAAAAACUCACCAAGUUGCCAUCGCUUUUCGUCUGGGAGAUUGGCAGACGAACAAAUAACCAAGCGCAUGCGCAGGGCCUUGGACGCCACACUCAACCGGAAGUGGAGAGACUGUUGCGUGAAGAUUUGAAGGCUAUUUCUGAUUUCUUAGGAGACAAGAAGUUCCUAUUUGGUGACGACGCAUGCGCCGUGGAUUGCGCCGUGUUCGGUCAACUGUGUCAGGUGAUGUGGCACGUUCCCAGUGUUGUCACCGCGAAGGCGUACCUUGAAGAGUCUUUGCCGAACUUGAAAAGUUACGUUGAGCGCAUGCGCACUGCGUACUGGCCUGACUGGGACGAGUGUGUAACCGACUGCUUCACAAAAGAACCGACAAAAUAAACAGACCCGACCAAAUAAAAAUAUUUUCGUUGCUAUGAGAAAUUGAUGUGAUUUGCCUUUCAUCAAAGGCUCCACAGGGUACAUAAAUAUCAAACAAAAAGCAAAGUGGCAUAUUAUAAAUAUCAAACAAAAUGCAAAGUUGCAUAUUAUUAAAAUGCCAUUAAGCAAAUUUAAUAGGGCGGGUAUUCACAAUUAUGUUUUCAAUUUGUAAACACAAAUAUAUCAUCUUUAGUAUUUAAUGUAGC